CUGGAGGAGGUGAUCACGUCGCCGCCGCGGUCGCACGAAAAAGACCGCGAGACGGCCAUCCGCGCAGAACUGGAGAAACUGCAAAAGAUCAACGGCGCCAUCGAGCAGAGCCGCAUCUCUAUUCAGGAGUCCACAAACUACAUCAAGCGAAUCAAAGAGAGCACCAUCAAGGCCAACGAGCUCAUUCACAUCUGGGGCAAGAUUCUGUCGCAAAAUAAGCACACCGCGGAGUUGCUAGCCGACCCGCACAACGUGUGGCAGGGAGCCAGCCACGAGGACGAAAAAGUGCAGGACAAAAUGGCUGAGUACGAGGAGCUGGCCGCGCGGUACGAACAGCUCGUGGAGGAGAAGAAGAGCGACGAAAAACGCAGAGCGAGACGAAAAUAG